AUGAAAUCUGUUGCUUUGAUUUGGGUAUUGCUGCUUCUUCUCCGAUUCAGGUUAUUCACCGACGCUAUGAUUGAUCCAGUUGAUUUCUUGGCUCUGCAAGCGAUUCGUAAGUCGCUCGAUGAUUUGCCAGGCUCCAAUUUCUUCGAUUCCUGGGAUUUCACCGCCGAUCCUUGCAGCUUCGCCGGAGUAUACUGCGACGGCGAUAAAGUUGUUGCUCUUAAUCUCGGCGAUCCAAGAGCCGGGUCACCCGGUUUAUCCGGUCGGAUUGACCCGGCGAUCGGGAAACUCUACGCUCUCACGGAGCUCUCAAUCGUCCCCGGUCGGAUCAUGGGUUCGAUACCGGAGACAAUCUCGCAGUCAAAGAAUCUCCGAUUUCUCGCUGUCAGUCGGAAUUUUAUCUCCGGCGAGAUUCCGGCGAGUCUUGGCGAGCUUCGCGGCCUUAAAACCCUCGAUCUGAGCUAUAACCAGUUAACCGGGUCGAUACCUCCGUCAAUCGGAUCCUUACCGGAGCUCUCCAAUCUGAUUCUAUGUCACAAUCACUUGAAUAGAUCACUUCCUCGAUUCCUAUCUCAAACGCUAACCCGAAUCGAUCUCAAACGCAACAACCUCACCGGUGCAAUUUCUCCGACGUCUCUCCCGCCGUCGCUACAAUACCUCUCACUCGCCUGGAACCACCUAACCGGACCAGUAAACCAGGUUUUACUCGGACUAAACCAGCUCAGCUACCUCGAUCUCAGCCUUAACCGGUUCACUGGCGCAAUCCCCGGUCAGAUCUUUGCCUUUCCGAUGACGAACCUCCAUUUACAGCGCAAUUUCUUCUACGGUGUGGUUCAACCAGCGAAUCAGGUCACGAUUCCAACCGUAGAUUUAAGCUACAACCGUUUCUCCGGCGAGAUUUCUCCGCUUCUCUCCAACGUACAGAAUCUCUAUCUAAACAAUAACCGGUUCACUGGUCAAGUCCCGGUUAGCUUCGUGGAUCGGUUAUUGGCAGCGAAUAUACAAACACUAUACCUUCAACAUAACUUUUUGACGGGAAUGCAAAUCAGCCCAGCAGCGGACAUUCCGGUGAGCAGCUCGCUGUGUCUUCAAUAUAACUGUAUGGUGCCGCCGGUUCAGACGCCGUGUCCGGUUAAGGCUGGUUCGCAGAAAACCAGACCCACAACACAAUGCAGCGAGUGGCGAGGGUAA